UGUAGUUAAGCGCGAGAGGGGCAAGCAGGCAACCGCGCGCUACAAGCCAGGCACGUUUUCUGAUCUCAUAGUCAGCAGGGCUGCUGCUGCGAUUGAAGUCACUUACUACAGGGCUUCAAUAAUUACGCGGGGAUUUCUAGAUUCAGCAUAAUUAAAUAUAUACAUAUAUAAAUAUAAAAAAAAACAUUUUUUUACAACUCAGGGAAAAGGUGAACAAUUCACCCAGCUUCGGUGAUUCAGUUUUACCUUCGUGUUUUCGAGGAUCUUUUUCUUCCACCAAAUCAGAUCGCCCAUCAUCAGUGGAAUGAUCAAGCUUUUUUCGUCUGCUGUUUCCACUUCAGCAUGGGAACUGCCGGGUCCAAAAGGAAGACUUUAAGGAACGAUGCAAUAUCUUCAGUGGCGGCAAAAGUUAGAGCAGCGAGAGCGUUCGGAGAUUACUUGUCUCACACACACCCUGAGAACCGCAAUGGGUCAGAUCACCUGCUGUCGGAAACCUUUAUAGGCCCAGACACAGAUCGCCCUGACAGUCGCCCUGUCAGUCAUCUCCAGCACAACAACCUCCAGCCCCAGGACCACAGUCUCCAGCCCCAGGACCACAGUCUCCAGCCCCAGGACCACAGUCUCCAGCCCCAGGACCACAGUCUCCAGCCCCAGGACCACAGUCUCCAGCCCCAGGACCACAGUCUCCAGCCCCAGGACCACAGUCUCCAGCCCCAGCCCAGCAUUCUCCAGCCUCAACCAAGCCCCUCGCAGCCCACGGGCCCCUCCAAGCGCAGGCUUUCCACAGCACUCUCCGCAGAGCGCAGCUUCUCCUCCGAGGAGCCGCAGCCACCUCCCAGGUCCGCCGAGGGCAGCGUGACCAGCCUGAAGCCAACCUCCCAGCGUGUCUACACCAUCACCAGGAAGGCAGGCAUGCUCGGUGGCCAGGGCAGUGAGGAGAGCCUGGAGCUGGAGGUGCUGAAGGGGGUGAGGGAGCAGCCUCUGUCCCCUCCACCCUCCACCAAUCAGCCAUCCAAUCAACAGCCACCAGGAAGCAAACACCACCGGAGCGGUGGCAACCAUCACCGCAGCAACCAUAGCCAUGGCCUACAAAACCAUGCGUCCCAUUCUCAGCCACUGCAGAGUUCAGGGAGCGCCCAUAACAUCCGCUCCUGGGGAGUGAAAAACGGGGGCUCCCGGGAGGACUGCACUCCGGACUGCGUGACCUGCAUCAGGGCCCCGUGUCAGAGCCAGCGCUCCCUGGACCUAGAAAUGCCCCCGCAUGACGCAAGCAGACAGAGGAAGAAACUGGAGAGGAUGUACAGCGAGGACCGAGACAGAGGCAGAACAGCUUCUACUGAGGAAAGAGAAGACACCCCUAACAGCUGGUUCCCCAAAGAGAACAUGUUCAGCUUCCAGACGGCAACCACGACAAUGCAGGCAAUAUCGGCAUUCCGGGGCAUUGCUGAGAGAAAGAGGAGGAAAAGGGAACAGGAAGCAGCCACUACUAUAACGGAGACUGAGAGAAACUUCCGGAAGCACCUGAGAAUGGUGGGCAGCCGCAGGAUGAAGGCUCAAAGUGAGUUUCCCACAUACGCCGACCGCCGAGCCAAGAGUUUCAACCGCUCCUGGAGUGAUCCCACCCCCACGAAGCCAGACUCUCUCCAUGGCUCCAGAGACAGUGGGGACAUGCAGUGCUUGUCAGGGACGCUAGAUGAGUGCUCUCAGGAGGACGCAGACUGGGAGGAAGAGAGAGAGAUGGAAAGAGCAGCGUGCCAUGGAGAGGACUUCAUCCCACCCAAAAUAAUGCUGAUAUCAUCUAAAGUCCCGAAGGCUGAAUAUGUCCCUAACAUCAUCCGUAGGGAUGACCCCUCCAUCAUCCCCAUCCUUUAUGAUCAUGAACAUGCCACAUUUGAUGACAUCCUCGAGGAGAUAGAGAAGAAGCUGACUGCCUAUCGGAAAGGCUGUAAAAUCUGGAACAUGCUCAUUUUCUGUCAGGGAGGCCCGGGACAUCUUUACCUGCUCAAGAACAAAGUGGCCACAUUUGCCAAGGUGGAGAAGGAGGACGACAUGAUCCAGUUUUGGAAGAAGCUGAGUCGCUUUAUGAGCAAGCUGAACCCUGAGCCCAACCUCAUUCACAUAAUGGGCUGCUAUGUUCUGGGGAACGCCAAUGGAGACAAGCUAAUCCAGAAUCUAAAGAGGCUGAUGAGACCUCAUGCCAUCGAAUUCAAGUCCCCUCUAGAGCUUUCAGCGCAGGGCAAGGAGAUGAUUGAGAUGUACUUUGACUUCCGCCUCUUCCGCCUGUGGAAAACCCGCCAGCACUCCAAGAUGCUCGACUAUGACGACCUUUUGUGACACUGCUCACCUUCUACAUUUGUCAACCUAUUGGCUGUGUAUCUCAUCACCAGUAGCCCAUGGUGACGGCUUUCCUUGAGCGGCCCUGGAGGGGAGCUCUCUGCAGCUCUGCCACAGGACGUCAGGGUGAUUUCACUCACCGCCGAGGCUUUAAUCCUCUCAGACGAAGUCAAGGCAUUAAGUGAAAGCCAGUAGCAGCUGCUGUUAGGAGGUAAACAGAAUAUUCCUCCCUUCCUUUUUCACUGUCUCUACAAAAUGCCUUUACUGAGUGACAACUGGAGGGACCAUCAGAGAGAGACGUAGAGAAGAUCAUCCUUUUUGUCUCAAGAGACAAUAGGAUUGAGGGAGAGAUGGGGAGAGAGACGGAGUACGUGCAUGGAAAAGAGAAGAAGUCUUUAUAUAAGGGGAAAGAUGUGGACAGAUUUCCUUGCCCACCUGUCUGUCUGCUGUGUAAACUCACAGUCGAAAGCUCUUUUUUCAGGAAGUAUGUAGAUCUCCCCGGGGAGAAGCGUCUUUUAAAGUGCUUUGUUGUUUUCAGAGAACAGAUCUCCAUUACGGUACAUUUCUCUAUACAUUGGUAGAAGAGAUUGGUCUGAAGUAGUCUUACCAAUAAUUUAAACUAACUAUGAAACAGCUUAUUUUGAACUGUGUUAGUAUUUCUAUUAGACUGUUUGACUUGAAUUACUCAGGGUUAUUGUAAUCCCUUGUGUGGUGUGUGGCGUCAGUCAUAAUGGAAUGGGGUGGAGAUGUGUGUUGGCUAGUUCAGAGCGUCUCCAUUCAUCUGCCAUUUAAACACAUAGAAUCUGAGAUUUUACAGUGGUUGUCAGGGAAACCAUUCCUUUGUCUCUGUACACUUGUGUGUGUGUGUGUGUGUGUGUGUAAUUGAGGGAGGUCAUUUCCUAGGUUCUUCAUGGCCUAGGUCAGUUGUAGCUUACUACUUAUGACGCAUGUAAUGUGCCCCAAUGUCAUUCCAUUUUCCUGUUUCUUUACUGGUGAACAACGGACACCAGCUGAUUUUUGCUUAGGUCAGUUCACGGUCCUUCGCUGUGAUCACUGUUUUACUGCAUAUCUCUGUAUUUAAGUGUUUAUCACCUCAUACUUUCAUGAGGUUUCUAGAACGUAGACAUGACCUAGCCUACAUGUUUGUAUCACACCUGAUGAGGGGGAUACGUCCUCUCUUCACAUCUACUGUGUAUUUACUCAUUCUGAAGGGGUGUUGCAGCUUUAUUUCAUCUGUGCACCGAUGUGUUUUUCUUCAUGGUUAGAAGAUAUACUCCUGACGCGCAAUUGGGCACACAGCACUGACAGGAAUGAAUCAUAUCUAACAGAGCUUCUCCCUCACUGGGAGAUUACUGCUUUUCUUCUGAUUGGAUUCACAUAUUGGAUAGUGAUGGAUGGAGAGGAUGGAGAGGAUGGAGUUUUGCCCCGUUUGAUUUUUCCACCACUCUUCUCCUUCCCUCAACACCUUCUCUGCAUUCUCAACGCCUAUUCCCAACAGUGCACUUAACAUACUCUGAUCUCAAACCUUUCUGAUCUCAAACCUUUCUGAUCUCAGACUUUUCUGAUCUCAGACUUUUCUGAUCUCAAACCUUUCUGAUCUCAAACUUUUCUGAUCUCAAACCUUUCUGAUCUCAAACCUUUCUGAUCUCAAACUUUUCUGAUCUCAAACCUUUCUGAUCUCAAACCUUUCUGAUCUCAAACUUUUCAGCAUUCUUGCCAUGGGAUUCUUAUUACAUCCCUUUUCUAUGUAUUGUGCUAUUUGUAUUUUAACGAAAACUGGAUUCUGCCUAGCUAAUGUUGAGCAACGGCCCUAGUUCCCUGGACCCACAUGUUAUUCGGAUUUAGAUUGAUUUUCAGCUUUUGCUCAAGUGACAGAAGAACACAAUUACGGAUGCUUUUCUAAUUUCCUUGUUCAGCCGUUUCACCAGAGCCAAUAAGUGAAUGUGUGUGUACGGUUCCUCUGUGUGUGUGUGUGUGUGUAUGUGCACGUGUGAGUGAAUGUGUGUGUGUUUGUUUUUAAACUGAGUGUUAUCUGGCUCUGCAGGGGCACUGAUGUGUGAGGGGAGUGUUCAUUGCAUCGGUGUUAGCUUUCAGCCGAGGGCGAGGUGGGUAGAUGGGGGCGGGGGGGGCUAGAGGAUCGGAAGAAGAUAAUACACUCUGUUCAUCUUUAUGCAUCCAUGUGAACAUAGCCAACAUAGAAACAAGUGGUUCCUGGUAGUACAGAGCAUACACAUCUAACUGAAUCUCUUUUGACCUUCCAAGAAUGACGUUCAGUGUAUUUUAUUGGUAAAAUUAGGUUUUCCACAUAAUGCUUGUUCAAUGGCGUGUCAGUGUCUCCGACCUUUGAUGUGUACCUUCCCAAAACACGGUGAAAACAAACACUCAAUCCUGUAGCAAUAGACUGUGUGAUGUACAAUACCUUUAGGAGGAAAAACUCUUUGGCCUCCUUUCUGUUCCAGCUGGUCACUGUGUACUGGAACGACAAAACAAAGUUGAGAGAGGAAGGAAAAUGUUUGGCGUAGUGUUUAAGUGCACAUUGUGCAGAUCUUGCUUCUCAGAGUCUCACUGUGUGAGUGGUCUUGGACAGUGACUGCUCUUUCCCUUCACCCUCUGCUCAGAGCUUCACUGGUCUCUGUCUUCAAGUCUCACCCAGGUAGAGCUUGAUCUCAGAGCGCCCAAACACAUUUUCUGAGCCAUAUCUAAUGACUUUGCUUGGUAUGUGUUUAAUACAAAUGCUUAUAAUCAGAACUGGAAAUAUAGUGAGUUGAGUACAGUUAAUUAAGUACAGUGAAUUAAAUCAUUUUUAGUGAAUCACUGAUGUAUGGUUCUACUUUAGGAAUGUGUAUAAUCGAAUGGUGUCUGAGGAUGAUUACAAAGCAGCGGGCUCUUCAUUGUAAUCUGUCUCCAGUGAACUAAAUGGCAGAUACUAUUGAGUACAAAGCCACUAUAAUGCGUUACAUGGGAGCCAGACCCAGCAAAGCGAGCACAGACUGCUCAUCGUGGUUUGACUUAUCAUCCUGACCCGCGAAGCACCCAUUUCAAUAUCUCAGAGGACACAUAUAAUUACACGGCUAAAAGAAAUUAUCUACCUUGCACAUCCUAUUCAUUAAUUCACAGUGAAACCCGCUGUCAUCCUUCAAGAAGAGAAGUAAAAUAAAAAAGAUUAAGUAAUUCCUGUGACCUUUCAUGUAUGUAAUAGAUGAUUUUCUCACCUGUUGACUCUGUUGACACGUUAACCAGAAGCUUUGAAUGCAUCCUAAACAGCACCAUGUUCAUUGCAUAAUGUGCUACAUUUGACCAGGGCGUUCUGUUUCCCAUAGGCGCUGGUCUAAAUUAGGGCACUAUAGUGGGAGUAGGCUGCGACUUGGUACUCUGCUCUGUGAUUGAGUUAUGACGGUUGAUUGAUGCUACACUGAUUGCACUGACGUUCCUGUUGAGAAGUGAUUGUAUUUGGUGAUGAGGGGGAGUGCGGAAAGCGCUCACAGUGUGGAACAUCUGUCUUACCUUUCUGCUAAGUAAUCCACUCUGCAUUGCAUUUUCAAUAGAUUUACUAAAGAGAGAGAUUUUUGCAGAGCUAACUAUUACUACUGUACGUCUUUAGGUUAAAUCUGCAAAUGUCUUGAUAAACGUGUUGCUUAAAACGACAGUGAUAACGAUAGUGAUAAUUAUAGUGUUAAUGAUUGAUGUCUGGUGAUUAUGGUACUAGGAGAUACUAAAGAAAAUACACUGGGUAUAGAAACAUAGAAUUGCAAUAUAUCAUGAGAUUUUAAUUGACAAUUUAGAGUUGCUGUAACUGAAGUAAUAUCACAAGCAGUACUGUUUUGCAUUGUGUAAUUGGUUCUAACCAGUGGAUAAUGUUUUU